GUGACCUAUAAUGAUGUGCAUGUUGACUUCACUUGGGAAGAAUGGACUUUGUUGAAUCCUUCCCAGAAGUAUCUGUACAAAGAUGUGAUGUUGAAGAUCUACAGGAAUCUCACUAUUAUAGGAUACAAGUGGGAAGACCAUAAUAUUGAAGAACAUUGUCAAAGUUCUAGACAACGUGAAAGGUAUGAAACAAUACAUACUGGAGUGAAACCCUAUGAAUGUAACCAGUGUUCCAAAGCCCGUGCUCAUCACAUUACUCUUCAAAUACAUAAAAGAACUCAUACUGGAGAGAAAUCCUAUGAAUGUGGUCAAUGUGGUAAAGCCUUUGAAUGUCACAAUCAUCUUCAAAUACAUAAAAGAACUCAUACUGGAGAGAAACCAUAUGAAUGUAAUCAGUGUGGUAAAGCCUUUGCACAACACCAUCAUUUUCAAAUGCAUAGAAGAACACACACUGGAGAAAAACCGUAUGAAUGUGAUCAGUGUGGUAAGGCCUUUGCACAACAGGGUACUCUUCAAAGGCAUAAAAGAACACAUACUGGAGAGAAACCCUAUGAAUGUAAUGAGUGUGGUAAGGCCUUUGCACAACACAAUACUCUUCAAAGGCAUAAAAGAACACAUACUGGAGAGAAACCCUUUCAAUGUAGUCAGUGUAGUAGAGCCUUUAUAUGUCACAGUAAUCUUCAGAAGCAUCAAAGAACACAUACUGGAGAGAAACCUUAUGAAUGUAAUCAGUGUGGUAAAGCCUUUGCCGGACCUAGUAAUCUAAAAAUUCAUAGAAGAACACAUACUGGAGAGAAACCGUAUGAAUGUAAUGAGUGUGGUAAGGCCUUUGCACAACACAGUACUCUUAAAAUGCAUAAAAGAACACAUACUGGAGUGAAACCAUAUAAAUGCAAUCAAUGUGGAAAAGCCUUUGCACGUCAUGGUUGUUUUCAAAUGCAUAGAAGAACACAUACUGGAGAG